GUGUAUAUGGAUGGAUAGAUAGAUAUAGAAUAUAGAAUGUAUAUAGAAUGUAUAUAUAUGUAUAUAUGUAUAUAUAUACAUAGUAUGUAUUGAUUGAUAUAGAUUAGCAGUAGUAGUUGAUGCUGAUCAUUCUUUUUGAUUCUUUCAUACCGUUAUGAUCUGCACUGUCGUUUAUCAACUGCCCAAUCCAGAGAAAGCGUAGCUUCGUUUCAUUCAUUCUUCUUCUUCUUCUUCUUCUUCAUUUGUUGUGUGAUUAUUAGCUAGUUAGUAUAGCGUACUAGGUCUACAGAGAAAUGGAGUCUCGCUCAAAGCGGCAAUCGGAGCUUUUACGGGCUCGUGUGGUGAUGCGCAAGUGGCUCAACAUCAACGCCAAAGAUUCUGAUUACAGCGCCGACACCAACGAUCACGAUUCCGACUCUGAAGAUGACAAAGUGCAUGAUAAAUGGGAGCGGAAUUUGCAGACUGCUAAGGGUGAUUUUAAUGAUGGUCCUCCAAAGAUAAGAAGACGGACUUCUGAAACUUUUAGGGCACAGUAUAUAAAUACGAAGGAACUCAGAAUUCGUGUUGGCACAUGGAAUGUCGGAGGACAAGUUCCACCUGAUGACCUAGGCAUUGAUGAUUGGAUCAACAUCAACGAACCCGCUGACAUUUAUUUGCUUGGUAUACAGGAAAUUGUACCACUAAAUGCUGGGAAUGUAUUUGGAGCAGAAGAUAACCGUCCUGUUGCAAAGUGGGAAAACAUCAUUCGUGAAACACUAAAUCGAAUUCGACCUUCAUCAAUGAAGGUCAAAUGUUUUAGUGAUCCCCCAUCCCCCUCAAAGUUUAAGCCAUCUGAAGAUAUUCCAGAUAUAGAAGAACAAAUAUUUCUUGAGAGUGAUAGUGACAUUGGUGAGGAAGUUUGUCCCUUAGAUGAUGACUCCAACAAUUAUGAUGAAGUCAAGGCUGGUCCAAUCAAUGGUGAAAACAACUUCAAGAAUUUCGAACUAGACUGCAUUGAGAGUGAGAAAUUAGAUAUGCCAGUAGAACAGGAUUUGCAGUUGCAGCUUUCUUCUCCAAAGGAACUAGAUAGAUUGAAUUGCCUCCGAAUAGAAGAUUCUACAAAUAACGUAGAAGUGCCAGCCGCCAAGAAAAUUUGGAAAUUAACUAAAAUGUUAAGCAACUCUGAAAGGAUUGGUUUGAUCUGGUCAGAGCCUCCCCGAGACUUGUUAUCUCAGCAUGUUUUAGAGAGGACAAGUACCUUCAAAUCUGUUAAAUCUUUCAAGGUAUCCAAGUCGUUCAACAGAUAUAGUUCUUUUAAAUCAUUCACAAAUGAGAUGUCGCCUGGAAUAGCUUUACUAGCAGAACUCGACCUUGAAUCUCUCAUUAAUCGGAAAAGAAGGUCUCCAUAUGUAAGGAUGGUAAGUAAGCAGAUGGUUGGGAUUUUUCUCACUGUAUGGGUUCGAAGGAGCUUGCGCAGGCACAUUCAGAACCUAAGAGUGUCCACUGUUGGUGUUGGUGUUAUGGGCUACAUUGGGAACAAGGGAUCAGUGUCUGUCAGCAUGUCCAUAUAUCAGACACUAUUUUGCUUUGUAUGUACUCACCUGACAUCAGGUGAAAAAGAUGGAGAUCAACUGAAGAGAAAUGCCGAUGUGCAUGAAAUACAUAGAAGAACUCAAUUCCGUCCACUCUUCAGCAUUGGCCUGCCCAAAAGUAUUCAUGAUCAUGAGAGGAUAAUCUGGUUGGGUGAUCUAAACUAUCGUAUUAACUUGUCAUAUGCGAAAGCACAUGAACUUAUCUCCAAAAAGGAGUGGUCCAAGUUGGUGGAGGGAGAUCAGCUUGUACGAGAGCUGAGAAAAGGUCGUGCAUUUGAUGGAUGGUCUGAGGGCACCUUAACUUUUCCACCAACAUAUAAGUAUGAGCUAAAUUCUGAAAAUUAUUACAAGGACGAUCCAAAGGCUGGGAGGCGAACUCCAGCAUGGUGUGAUCGCAUCAUUUCGUAUGGCAAGGGAAUGAGGUUACUGAGUUACAGUAGGACUGAGCUUAAACUUUCUGAUCAUCGUCCAGUGUCUGCCACAUAUAUGGCUGAGGUUGAGGUGCUUUCUCCUAGGAAGCUACAGCGGGCACUCAUAUUUACGGAUGCUGAGCUUGAAAAUACGAAACUUGUAGCAGACUCGGGUUGUUGAUUUUUCGAAAUCCUGGUUGAGACCAGAUCAGAGGAUGUGUUUACCGGGAGCGUCAAGGGUGGAGUGGCUAACUCUCACAGACACUUUGAAAAAAAAAUACAGAGUUAGAGCUCCAACAAGCAUCGAUCUCGUUUACCACACAAGCCCUGUGUGCUUUGGUUAGCUUCUGCUAACAGGUGCGGAUGAUUGAAUGAUAGGCUGUGCCCCGACGGUUACGAUGUUGCCACGUGAGAUUCACAGAUAAGAUAUUAGUACUUUUUAUUUUUUAUACAUAGUCUACCCCAAACAGUUAGAACAAUACUGUGGUUGUAAAUGAGGUAAACAUUUGACAAGUAGUUUGCAAAGAGCUCUUGUUAAUUUUUAUUUGUGAAGUUUAAGAAACGAUUUUGAAUAAGGUUUUUA